ACAUAUCGUCCCAGGCCAGCUGAGUUGAAUGAGGCUGAUUCAGAGGAGAGGCGCAAAAGUCCGAACCAAGUGGAACAUUGUAGCCCAAAUACGCCUACAUUUGAAUACAACAUCUACUUGUCCGGCUUUCACUUUCAGAAUUUGAAUGGAUUAUACUUGUGUAUGGAGGUUUUGUAAAUUAAUUCCAAAAGAAAGGCAUCAACCUGAGGUUAUUUUGAGGAUGGACUAGCCUACUCCGAGUCAUGCAGGUCACCGAAAACAUUGGCGCCUGGAACGCCUGCGACUACAGCCACGACGUGGCCUUCUUCUACAAGCUGGUGGACAAGCGGAUCAGCAAGUCCUGGACGCAGCGCGACCACCUGGUGAUCGGCCUGGGCCUCAGCGUGUGCCUGGUCGUGGUCCUCUCCAACCUCAUGGUUAUGGUGGCAAUAUUCAUCAACCGCCGCUUCCACUUCCCCAUCUACUACCUGCUGGCCAACAUGGCAGCUGCCGACCUGUUUGCGGGUGUGGCCUACGCCAACCUCAUGCUCAACACGGGCCCUUGGACCGCGCUUCUCAGCAAGGAGAAGUGGUUCCUGCGCAGCGCGCUGGUGGACAUUAGCCUCACGGCCUCGGUGGCCAACCUGCUGGCGGUUGCGGUGGAGCGGCACCAGACGGUGGUGGCCAUGCAGCUGCACAGCCGCAUGAGCAAGCGGCGCGUUGUGCUGCUCAUCGUGUGCAUCUGGGCGGCGGCGGGCGCCAUGGGCCUGGUGCCCUCCAUGCUGUGGAACUGCGAGUGCGACCUGGCCAGCUGCUCCACCAUCGCACCGCUAUACAGCCGCCGCUUCCUGGUGUUCUGGGCGGCGUUCAACCUGCUGGCCUUCGGGGUCAUGGCGGCGGUGUACGGGCGCAUCUUCGUGUACGUUCGGCGCCAGAGCCGCGGCGUGUCGCGCCACACAUCCGACGCGGCGCAGGGCCAGCGCAUGGUGGUGAAUCUGAUGAAGACCAUCGCCAUGGUCCUGGUGGCCUUUGUAAUCUGCUGGACCCCCGGGCUAUUGACCCUAUUGCUGGAAGGGCUGCUGGGAAAGGACAGCCAUGCCCACGCCUAUGAAAAGUACUGCCUAGUUAUCGCGGAGUGCAACUCUCUGGUCAAUCCCAUCAUCUACUCCCUUCGCGACGAGGAGAUGCGCGGCACCUUCAAGUGGAUUCUUUGCGGCCGACGGGACGGCCGCGCCUGCACCGCGAUGCCGGUGGCGCCCCCUGCUGUCCAGUACUGCGCACCGCAGCUAGAGGUCGUGUCAGUCGAAAAGUUGGACGACCGGGUCUUAGAGCCAUCUAAAGCGGAGGAUCACUGCCAGCUUCUGGAGAAGCCCCGAACUACAGAUCCCACAGUAAACGGACUGACUUUUGAGAGACCAAUUACUUUUAAACCUUGUGGUUAAACUUUUAUAUCGAACCACGCUGGGUUAUGAGUCUUUUGGACAUGACUCGUACUGAUGUACGGCGUCUGCCAUGAAUGUUAUUUUAUGAGUAACUUAUUAAAAAUACAUAUCCAUUACCCUCA